AUGCGGUGGUUGUACGUCGCCCUCGCGGCGGCGGCCGCGGCGUACGUGCCUCGGCACGCGACCUUCAAACAACCAACGCUCCGGCGCGCGUCGCCGCGCCUGACCCCCGUCGCCGUGCUCGCCGCCGAGCCGCAGGCGCAGACGCUCCUCCCGUCGCACCCCGAGUUCGUGCGCGGGCGGCUCCCCAACGGCCUCGAGUACGUGAUCCUGCCGAACGCGUCGCCCGCGGGCCGCUUCGAGGCGCACCUCGAGGUCUUCGCGGGCUCGGCGGACGAGAACGACGACCAGCAGGGCAUGGCGCACCUGGUCGAGCACGUCGCGUACAUGGGCUCUAGGAAGCGCGAGCGCCUCUUCGGCACGGGGUCGCAGACCAACGCCUACACGGACUUCCACCACACGGUCUUCUACGCGUGCUGCCCGCGCGAGGCGCCCGGCGGCGGCGACGGCGGCCUCGGCGGGCUGCUCGGGAACCGCGGCGGCGCGUCGAUGCUGCCGCGCGCGCUCGACGCGCUGUGCGAGGUGCUCCAGGCCCAGUUCGCGCCGGCGCGCGUCGAGAAGGAGCGGGCCGCCGUGCUCAGCGAGAUGUCCAUGGUCAACACGAUCGAGUACCGGGUCGAGUGCCAGAUCCUGCGGACGCUGCACGCGGAGAACUCGCUCGCGCGGCGCUUCCCCAUCGGCCUCGAGGACCAGAUCAAGGCCUGGACGACGGAGGACGUCAUGGCCUACCACCGCGAGCACUACCGGCCCGACAACUGCCUCCUCUACGUCGUCGGCGACGUGCGACCGCCGGAGGUCGAGGCCGCGAUCGCCAAGGCGUUCGCGGGCGUGCCCAAGCCCCGGGACGCGCGGGCGACGCCCCGGUCCUUGAAGGCCCAGUCGCGCCACUUCCCGCCCAUCGUCCACACGUGGUCCGGCGGGCGCCUCGACGGCAAGGCCGACGUCGUGAUUAGAGGGGAGGGCGAGGACCGGCUCUUGGAGCUCGACGAGGCCAAGUAUUUACUACCAUUGGACGUGCCGCCGACGCCCCACCCGGACACGCAGGAGCCCGUGCGGGCCCACGUCUUCCAGCACGAGCUGCUCCAGCAGUUCAGCUUCCACCUCUUCGCCAAAAGGCCCGUCGAGGCGAUCACGACGUUGGAAGCGCACCGGCUCAUGACCGCGCGGCGCAUCGUGCUCAGCGCGCUGCAGGUGCGCCUCAACGUCAUGGCGCGGACGGAGCCUUUGUUCUCCUUCGUCGAGUUCCAGUACCUCGACAGCGCGCGCGAGGCGUGCGCCGUGUGCUCGCUCGACAUGAACGGCGACGCCGCGCGGUGGGAGGACGCGGUCGCGGCCGCGGUGCGCGAGACGAAGCGCAUGGGCCAGUACGGCCUGACUCAGGGCGAGCUGGAAAGAUUCGGCGCGUCGCUGGUGACGGACUCGGAGCAGCUCGCGGCCAUGGGCGACCAGCUCGCGCACGGCGACCAGCUCACGCACUUGAUGGAGACGGUGUCGUGCGCGCACACGUUCAUGGACCCCGCGGCGGCCCACGAGGCGACGUUGAUCGCCGUGGAGUCCCUCACUUUAGAAGAGGUGAACGCGGAGGCGCAGCUCCUCAUGCCCCACGUCGUCGACUUUGGGGACGCGGCCGCGCCGUCGCCGUCGGCGAUGAUCGCGUGCGCGCCGGCGACGCUGAGCGACGGCACGCCCGUGGUCAUCGACACGGACCGCCUCCUCGCCGUCGCCGCGAAAGCAGCCGCCGAGGAGCUCGAGCCCGAGCCGGAGCUCGAGAUCCCCGCGGAGCUCAUGGGCCGCGGCGACGUCGCGGACCUGCUGCCCGACCCGUUGGUCCCCGUCGACUUCGGGGACCUCGACCCCUACGACGCCGAGGCGGCGAAGAACCUGGGCGUGCGCGUCUCCAAGCUCGCCAACGGCGCGCGGGUCAUGGUCAAGGCGCUGCCCCACGAGGCGCAGCGCGGCGCGUUGCGGCUGACGUGCGCCGGCGGCCGCGCGGGCGAGGCCAAGCUCGGGUCCGCGGCGCUCGGCGCGCGCGCGGUCCAGGAGGGCGGCGCCUUCGAGCCCUGGAGCCGCGAGCAGGUCGAGCUCUUCUGCGUCGACCGCUUAAUCAUGGUCGAGGUCACCUGCGGCGAGGACUACAUCACCAUCGACUUUGGGUUCCCCACGCCCCCCCCCAAGACGGGCGGCUGCGACGGCGUCGAGGCCGCGCUCCAGCUCGUCCACAAGAUCCUCAUGCCCGGCGCCUUCAAGUGGGAGCCCGACGCCCUCCAGCGGGCGCGCCUCGGGCUCCAGCAGCAGACGGAGACGCACCUGUAUUCCAUGGAGGGCGCCGCGCAGGAGGCGCUGCUCGCGCAAUUGUUGGGCGACGACGCGCGGUUCCUGUCGCUGCCCAACGACGCCGCCGACGCGCUGAGUUUGGAGGACGUGCGGUCCUGCGUCAUGGCCCAGCUCGACCCGGCGAACGUCGAGAUCAGCGUCGUCGGCGACGUCGACGCGGAGCGGACCGAGGCGCUCGCGCACGAGUACGUCGGCUCCGUGCCGUCCAAGAACCCGAACCCCGCCACCGACGCGCCCCCGGGCGCGACGGCGACGACGCUCCCGCCGAACCCCGACGCGCCCCUGCGGGUCCACGUCUCCGAUAGCGACCCGCGCGCGGUCGCGUACAUCGCGGGCGCGGCGCCGAACCGCCUCGGCGUUUUAGCGGACGGCCGGUCGCUCGUGGAGGCGCUCCUGGGCACGGCGGACACGUCCAAGGCGCCGGAGCGCUGGCGCCACCCGCUCUUCCCCGCCGUGGCCCUGUCGCUGCUCCAGGAGGUGGCGAACCGGCGCCUCUUCUCCGUCGUCCGCGAGCGGAAGCAGCUCACGUACGACGCGAACUUCCACUUCAGCGACCACGAGCGCCUCAACGGCGGCUGGUACCUCGUGUCCGUGACGGCGUCGCCGGCGAACGCCGAGCGGGCCCUCGAGGCCUGCCGCGAGACGCUCCAGGGCCUCGACGGGCCCCAGCCGGCGACGCCGGACAACCUCGAGGCCGCGCGCCGCGUCGUCAUCAACCGCCACGUCGCGGAGCUCAACUCGAACAAGUACUGGUGCGAGCAGCUCACGGGCUGCGCCAUGGACGCCGUGCCCAACAAGAAGCUCGCGGGCAUCCGCGACUACGUCGCGCUCGCGGAGGCCGUCACCGUCAAGGACCUCCAGGUCGUCAUGAAGCUCGUCAACACGGCCGACGACCAGAUCCACACCUGCAUCGGCACCUCCGGGACCUCCGACGGCGCCGCGCCGGCGGACGACGACGGGCCGCCGCCGGCGUCGGACGAGCACGGCACGGCCCACGUCAUGGGCCCCGGCCGCCGCCGCUAG